UUCCAAAAAUCUCGAAUUUAAAAUGAAAGGAGAUGUAUGUAAUCAAACAGCCGCAAUUUUUGAGCGAACUGGGUCCCGUUCUUUAGUAGUUGCUGGUGCUACUCGUUACUCAGUCCGAGGAAACCUCACUUCGUCUUGCCAGCCAAGAAAUGCAAUAGCUGAUGCAGCACAUAAUAAUUUAACAAUGUUUCAUACAAUGUGUGUUGGUGUUUUUGAAGCUUCGAAUGAGGGGAUUUUUAUGCAAUGGCAUGGCCAACAGAGUUGCCCACAAUCUGGAGCAUUUAUCAGUGCAGGAGCUAAAGGCACAAAUCCCAUCUACAAGGACAAGGAAGCAUAUGUAAACAAAUUGGUCUCCACAGUAAAUAAACUCGUAGGAGAAGACAUCGCAACUACGCCAUUGCAGGAUCGUAAAUGCUCCUUGGUCGCUUCGACAAACGUUUUUGGUCGAAUUGUAAAUGGAGUGGAAGAGGAAAAUGCUUGUGAAGGGAAAGCAGACCCAAAAAAUGUCACAGGGAAUUUCAUACAUAUUGAACAACAAAGAAAGUACAGGGAUGAUUGGGCAAGUAAUCUUUCCUAUAUUCCUUUAAAACUUGAUAUUUUAGAUCCUCUGGAUAAAUGCAAUUAA